AUGAAACUCUCGUGGCAGCGACUGAUCAGAUUUGAGAGCGUGGAUGGCAGAGUUCUUCGGGGCGAGCCCAUUCUACCUCGACCGGACUUUGACCUCGGAUACGUGACUGAGAAGGAUCAACUACAGGCCAAGGUCAUUUUAGGAGAGGAUCCUUUCUGUGAAAGCGGUACGACUCGAGUCUCCGAUGAGGUGGUGACUGUAAAAAGGAUUCUGUCUCCGCUAGCACCGUCGGAAGUGCCCACUAUUCGCUGCGUCGGCCUGAAUUAUAUGAAACACAUCCAGCAAGCAAAGCGAACACCACCACCUUUCCCCUUUAUUUUCUUCAAGCCCCAGACUGCGAUUUUAGACCAUGGCGACAACGUAAUGAUCCCGAAGAUCGCUCAGGAUGACCAAGCUGAUUAUGAGGGAGAGCUGACCAUCGUCAUCGGAAAAGACGCAAAAGACGUUUCGCAGGAAGACGCCUUGGAUUACGUGAGCGCAUAUACUGUAGGAAAUGAUAUUUCGUCUCGCAAACUACAACGUGACCCAAGUUAUGCUGGGCGAAUUCCCCAAUGGGGCUUUUCCAAAGGGUUCGACACCUACGCGCCAAUCGGCCCGUGUCUUUUGGCCAGCAGUCUAGUCGAUGAUCCAAAAACUCUGCAUCUCAGAACAACCAUCGAUGGGGAGGUACGACAGGACGAGUCAGUGGCCGAUUUGUUGUUUGAUUGUCGAUAUCUUAUUUCGUACCUGUCACAAGGUACGACUCUGCAAAAAGGCAGUUUGAUAAUGACAGGCACACCUGGAGGGGUAGGAGGGGAUAUGAAUCCUCCAAGAUGGUUGCAACAUGGUACACAGAUGGAUGUGUCGAUCUCCAAGAUUGGGACUCUGAGAAAUGGGGUUGCAUUUGUUCAGUAG